AUGGUUGACCGGCCCAACAAGCCCACCGCCCUGGCCACCACGCCCGGCCUCCCGCCCCAGGCCACCGUCGACAUCACCCACAACAACUCGCGCGUCGCCGCCACCCUCCCCACCGGCGAGUCCGUCGAGGUCCUCCUCCACGGCGCCACCGUCCUCUCGUGGAAAUCCGCCGCCGGCCAAGACCGCCUCUGGCUCUCCGAGUCCACCGUCUUUGACGGCUCCAAGCCCGUCCGCGGCGGCAUCCCUCUCGUCUUCCCCGUCUUCGGCCUGCCCUCCGACGCCCACCCGCCCACCGCCAAGCUGAGCCAGCACGGCUUCGCGCGCAGCUCGCGCUGGGAGUUCCUCGGCAAGUCCACCAGCGAAGGGUCCGCCGGCUCCGAGUCCUCUGUCAAGCUCGACUUUGGCCUGUCCUCGGCCAACCUCGACGCCGAGACCCAGGCCAAGUGGGGGUACAAGUUUGGCGCCAUCUACAGCGUAUCGCUCGACCGCGAGACGCUGUCGACGUCGUUGGUCAUCACAAACGAGGGCGAGGAGGCCUUUGAUUGCCAGGUCCUGAUGCACACCUACCUGCGCGUCAACGACAUCACAAAGAUCUCAGUGCAAGGCCUCGACGGCGCCGCCUACACCGACAAGGUCGACAACGGCGCCUCAAAGACCCAGUCCGGCGAGAUCAGCAUCACCCAAGAGACGGACCGCAUCUACACCCCUACAAGCGGCCCCAAGGCCCCCGUCACUGUCCUCGAGGGCGGCAAGCCCAUAUUCUCCGUCGUCCGCGACAACCUCGACAACGUCGUCGUCUGGAACCCCUGGGUCGAAAAGGCGCAAGGCAUCGCCGACUUUGCUCCCAAGGACGGCUACAAGAACAUGCUGUGUGUGGAGCCCGGCGCCGUCAAGGAGUGGCAGAAGCUCGAGCCCGGUGAUGCGUUUGAGGGUGCUCAGGUCAUUACGGCGAACUCGGCCUGA